AUGUCUGGCAUCUGCAGGGCACGUCUUGCCGAGGAGCGCAAACAAUGGCGCAAGGAUCAUCCAUUCGGUUUCUACGCGAGGCCUGUUAAAGCCGCAGAUGGGACCAUGAAUCUGUUGGAGUGGGAGGUCGGGAUUCCUGGGAAGACCGGGACGCCAUGGGAGGGCGGCGUGUACAAGCUAAUGAUGAUCUUUCCCGAAGAUUACCCGUCGAAGCCCCCAAAAUGCAAAUUCACGCCUCCUCUGUUCCAUCCUAACGUCUAUCCAUCCGGGACUGUCUGCCUCUCCAUUCUUGACGAAGAGAAGUCUUGGAAGGCUGCUAUCACCGUCAAACAAGUCCUAUUGGGUGUCCAAGAACUUCUGAAUGACCCGAAUGUCAAUGACCCAGCACAGAGUGAUGCCUACACUAUGUUCAAGAAUGACCGGGUAGCUUAUGAGCGCAGAGUGAGACAGCAAGCUCGAGAGAAUAUACCCAAGUGA